AUGGCUCCCUCUCUGCACCCUCUUAUCGACAACGGCAUCACUGCCGGUUCCAGCAGCUUCGCUGGUGGCAAGCUCCACUGCCACUGUCCCUCCAACAAGGUCGAGGUCACUCUGAGCAGCAAUGUCGCACACAACCACGCCUGCGGCUGCUCCAAGUGCUGGAAGCCCAAGGGUGCUCUCUUCUCCGUUGUCGGAGUCGUGCCCCGGGACGCCGUCUCCGUGACCGCCAACGAGUCCAAGCUCACCAUUGUCGAUAAGGAGGCUACCAUUCUCCGAAACGCCUGCAAGGACUGCGGUGUCCACCUUUUCGGCCGAAUUGAGAAGGACCACCCCUUCAAGGGACUGGACUUUGUCCACGCCGAGCUCUCCAGCGAGAAGGGCUGGCAAGAGCCCCAAUUCGCUGGCUUUGUUUCAUCCAUCAUUGAGCAGGGUACCAACCCCAAGGCUAUGGAUGAGGUGCGCGCGAAGUUCAAGUCCGUCGGAUUGCAGACAUACGACGUUCUGUCACCCGCUCUCAUGGAUUUGAUCUCUACUUUCACCGCACAGAAGGCUGGUGUUCGAUUUGCCAACCUGUGA